AUGGCCAGCGACCUCACCAAUGGGGCCCAGACGGCUCCGUCGCACAGAAGGCAGCCAUCCCAUGUCGUCAAGUCGGUGGCUCCAGACUACUACGAGGAUAACGACUUCUAUACCAACCCCACCAAUUCACGACCACCGCCAGCACCCUACACAGCAAAUUCGGGGCGAGUGCACAGCCACCAUCGGUCUCGUUCGUACUCCGCCAGAAGCAAAAGCUACCGGAGAGACGUGUAUCCCGAAGACAGUAUGGAGUGGAAAGAAAACCCCCCGGCAUCGGACUACCCGGCCGGGCCCGACAAAAGUGCGAAAUCAUCUACGAGAGGGGAGAAGCAUGGAGACGAUGCGCUCAAGGCCUCUGCAUCCUCAAAUAGCCAGCCCUCGCCGAUCAGUCGGUCGAAUACGGUCCGCUCGACAACCGAGCAGCGGCGGGACUGGGCGGCCGACCGCUCGCCUCUCCAAAAGCUCGAGGUGACCUACACCGGGGCUAGCAAGGAAGAGAAACGGGCGCGGGCUCUCGAGGCUGAAAUGAAACUGCGAGAACGGAUGAAACGGGAAGCCGAAAGUCGCGCGACAGCACCAGCGCACCCUUCUGACAUGCCAGAACAUGCAGAUCAGCGCGUCCUCCCGGGACGAACUGCGGCACCGAGCCAGCCUGCGCCAGGCGCAAAGCGAUCGCAUCACCGGCAGGCUGCUUCUGAAGGGCAGGCGGGAUACAGCCCCCCGGGACAAAAUCCCUCGGAAAGAGCCAGACCUCCUCGGAGCAAAGCACCACCGCCCCAGAGCGCGGCAGAUCGUCCGUUUGAAGAGUCUCCGUACGACGAUGGUCUACCAGAUGUGUCGGUGAAGAGAGGUAGUGCUCCCAGGCGGACGGUUUCCGUGAACCACCCGCCCCAAGGACCCCCGAUGGGCCCGCGGGCGAUGAACCAGGGCAAACAACGGGAUGCACAACCUUACCCGGCUGCUGCUGCUGCUGCUGCUGCUGCUGUUCAAGAUCCAGCGGUGCCGGAGCAGCCUAGGAUGGCAGUCCCAAGCAGGAAGGCAGUUCCGAACCAACCCAAUAGCCGGGCACUACCAUAUCCCGACCUGACCCAUCCAAACACAUCACCUCCACAACUGGCCCCGGAGAGAGGGUCGGUCCAGCAGGGAAUUAUGAAGAGCCCUACUGGCGCUGCGCCUGGCUUUCCUGGACCCGCCAACACUAGUAUCGAACGUGGGAUGGGCGAAUUCAACCCCACGGCCCCCCCGGGUGCUGGAGUGGAGACAAGUGCACCAUCUAAGCCCAAGGUCUCCUUCAAUGUGCCACCGCCGACCCCCCCUCCCCUAUUUGAGUGGAGAACUGCAUCUGUGGCUAGACUGGGAGCCUCUGAUUUUGAUUUCCAACGAUUUGAUGCGGAUCGGAGCAAGACAUGGUGGGAAACCGGGGACAGCAACAACCGCAGAACCAGUCGGGCCCUGCCGAAUAGCUUUGUCCAAAAGCUGUCCGCUCAAAAGCCAACCGGUAAGCCGUCGAAGAGACACGGUCCGUCACGAGAGAACCCAGUCACUGACCAGAUGAUGUAUGCAGGUAACAAGCGCUUCCAGCCAUCGAUCUUCCUACAGAGUGGACCCCUGCUCCGCUACGCCGGUCUGAAACGGGUUCGAAUCGAUGGACCCAAUGGUCCGUUCAACAAGGAGACCUGGCGAGGCAGUGUUUUGAUCGUGACCCAAGAUUCGCUCUCCUGCUAUGAGCCACGCCCAACCCUGAGGUUGUUCGCCCAGCCGAUGGAUCUCCUCGCUCCUCCGCCGGUCCAGGUCGACGGUGAGGAUGCUCAACUCGCCCCCGAGUAUAUUGACCCGGCUGCGGGGUUGAUGAAGUUGGGACGGGAUGGACGGCCUCUCUACGUUAAACCGGUGGAGCAUACCGUGGAAGGGGAGGAUCUGUCGUUUGUGGAGAACGAUGAUGGAAUCUAUGAAAUGUCCCCCAGCAUCAUGGACUACAGUAGCGAAGGGGUCAAGCAGCCCGUCCCGGCCAAUCGUAUCCAUCCCGUGGAUGGAGAGGGAGCCGGCAGCUACAAAGAGAUCGCCGGAGCGCGCCUCUAUGCCGACCCGGGCCGGGAUGUCACAUUCUGGAAGUUCAAUCUCGAGAUCGAACUGGGCCCGACUCAGCAGCGGGUCGCCUACCGUUUGAACCAGGGGCCAGCUCUCGGCUUCUGGGUGCCGGCCCGAGGACAGUCCAUGAACGUCAUGUUCCAUACCGGCAACGGCUUUAGCCCGGCGGUGGAUUCCAACAAGCUCAGUGGUCCCGACCCCCUCUGGCGCGAUGUCUUGAACGAGCACCAGACGCGCCCGUUCCAUGUGAUGAUUGGGGGGGGUGACCAGAUCUUUAACGACAAGGUGAUCGCGGAAACCGCCCAUUUCCAGGAGUGGGUGAGGAUCAAGAACCUGAGUGAAAAGUACGACUCGCCUUUCAGUGCCGAGUUCAAGGCCGAACUGGAGGACUUCUACUUGGCGAAUUACUCGGCGUGGUUCUCUCAAGGGCUCUUCUCGCUCGCCAACUCCCAAAUUCCCAUGGUCAACAUGUGGAACGACCAUGAGAUCAUCGAGGGCUUCGGCUCCUACCCGGAGGAGUUUAUGAACUCGCCGGUCAUCUCGGGCCUUGGCAGCAUUGCGUUCAAGUACUACCUGCUGUUCCAGCAUCACAGCGUUCCCGAGGAAACCGAAGCCGAGGAGCCCAGCUGGAUCCUUGGCGCCAAACCAGGACCUUAUAUCAACCAGCGCAGCCGGCACGUGUUUAUGUCGCUGGGCGACGGGGUGGCGUUCCUGGGGUUGGAUUGUCGGACGGAACGCAUGACCGAUGAGAUCAUCUGCGAAGAAACGGGCGAACUGAUCUGGGAUCGAUGCCAUCAGGAGAUUGUGCGGGGGGAAACCCGACACCUAAUUGUGUCGCUGGGCAUCCCCCUUGCGUACCCCCGCGUGGCCGUGGUGAAAAACAUCCUCAACAGCCGCAAGUCCCUCGGCAAGGCGGGGCUGUUUGGCGGCCUGGUGAACAAGACCGGCGCCAAGGUCGAGAUCUUCGACGAUCAUUGGACGGCCAAGCGUCACAAGGCGGAGCGGACGUAUCUGAUCGAAGAUCUUCAAGAUCUCGCGGCCGAGAAAUCCGUCCGGGUGACGAUUCUGAGUGGUGAUGUGCACCUGGCGGCCAUCGGGCAGUUCUACUCGAACCCCAAGUUGAACGUGCCCAAGGACCGGGACUACCGAUACAUGCCGAACAUCAUCUCGUCCGCCAUUGCCGAUCAGCCCGAGACGGAGAUGAUUUCCGACACCCUCAACAAGCGCAAUCACGUGCACCACAUCGACACCAACACCGACGAGGACAUGCUGCCCAUCUUCACCCAUGACGUGAACAACAAGCCCCGGAACAACAAGCGGUUGCUUCCGCGACGCAAUUGGUGUUCGAUCCGGGAGUACCAGCCUGGCUCGACACCCCCCGCGACACCGCAAAUCGGACCGGCGGAGGAAGACCCGCGUCCGGCCAAGCUGAAGCGGACGUUGUCGCUGACGCGCGGCGACAAAGCCCCCCGCGCCGGUCUGCUGCGACGUCUGUCCCUCCGGGGCCCGCCGCCGACGAAGGACUUCCACCUCGGCGAGGCUCCCCCGGCGCGCCGGAUGAGCAUGGACGGAGCUUUCCCCGGGGGAACAGGCGAUGCGGCGUUCCCUCCAGCGGGAGACGCCCAGCCCGGUCCGUUCCUGCGCCGAUCGACCACCCUCACCCGGAAAGCAUCCAAGCGCGGAGGUGCCGGGCCGGGGGCGUUGAUCAACCUGGAGGGGGGUCUCGCCAUCACGCUGAACCUGGAGCUGAACCCGAAGGACCCAGCGGGGAUCACGACGCCCUACAAGUUCCUGGUGCCCGCGCUACACUACGAGGACAUGGAAUUCGACCCGCCCGCGGCGUCAGUGGCCAAGGGGUGGCGGAAAUGGCUGGGGGUGCGCAGCAAGAAGAGGGACCAGACGGCUGGGGCCGGAGAAGAGACGGACGCGGAGAAUGGUCUGACAGAUGAGGAAUACGAUGAUGAGUUUGAUGAUGAGGAUGGGGAUGAGCCGGAGCCGUAUGCGGUGGGCGACGGCGGAGUGCUGCCCGAGACACUGGUACCGGUGAGCCCAGCGGACGGCGAGGGCGAGGGCGAGGAGGAGGAGGUGAAGGAGGUUCCGAAGCGGAAGAAGUGGUUUGGGCGGUCGAAAUGA